UUUGAGAGAGGAAGUGUUGUUCUAGUGUUCGAUCAACGGGAGUUGCGAAAAGAGAGUUUCCCUUCAGUCAACAUACCACAUCCAGGUAGUUAUUUUUCAGUAGAGUAUUUUUUUAAGGAAAAAAGAAAGACAAACAAAUUAAUACCAUGGUCACAGAAGGGGAGCCUACAGAUUUGGUGAAAGUGCUGCACCUGCUGGUGCUGUCCUUCGCAUGGGGAAUGCAGUUGUGGGUCUCCUUUAUAGCAGGUUUUGCACUGGUGAAGCAGGUAACACUGCACACCUUUGGGCUGGUGCAAAGCAAGCUGUUCCCUGUCUAUUUCUAUUGCCUACUGGGCAGCAACUUUGUCAGCCUUGCUGUGUAUGCAGUCUACCACCCCAGAGAGCUGCUGGAUUGGCACGAAAGCCUGCAGAUGGCCCUGUACUUUUUGGCAGUCAUCAUGGCAGGUCUAAACGCACAGUGGUUCGGCCCGUCUGCCACAGAGGUCAUGUUCAAGCUGCGGGAGGUGGAGCAGGAGCAUGGCCUGGGGAACCAAAUAGGGAUAGGGAGCCAGAGGGAAGCUUACGCCAAACUCAGAGAGCAGGACCCCAAGUACAAGGCCUACAAGAGCACCUUUGGCCACUAUCAUGGCCUGUCCAACCUAUGCAACCUGAUUGGGUUUAUCUGCACAACCACCAACAUAGUGUACACAGCUCUCAAUUUACACACCAUUUAGAGAUUGUGUAUAUGUGGUGUUUGGUGACAAGUUUUCAUAUUGUCUGUCAAUGAGGGGAUGUAUGUAUCAAGUGUCUCAGAGUAGGAGGGAUUUUUGCCUUUUAAAUCACAAAUAAUAUUACAUAGCUCUGGAAAAUUUUUGAAAAGAUGUGAUUGGUCAAAAGACUUAGUGGGGAAAAAAUAUCAGAAUUGGCUUCCUGUGUAAAUGCAGCUUUAGGCAUAUUACAUAUGGAUCAUAGUUCAGCACUCCUAAUGAGACGCUUGAUGCAUACGGCCCCCAAACAUAAUGCUUAACCAUAUUUUUUUUAAAUGUGCCUUUUUAAUAUAAUUGUUUCACCUGUCAAUAGAAUACAUAGCACACAAUGUCAAAGGACUUCUGGUCUUUCCCUUGUCAAACCGGGAAAGGAUGAAUGUAAUAAAGAUCGAUUUAUAUUUUUCAAAGUACAUGAUAAAAAAAAAAAAGUGUUAAUGUUAGUGAUCCUGUUUUUGAUUUCCCUACAGCUAUUGUUCAUUUUACAUUGAUGUUGAAACAAGAAAAAAUAAAGUUCAGUUUGAGUUGUUA